UCAUAUAUUCUUAGAUAAAGAGCGCAGCAAGUGGAGUGCGUUCAAGUUUUUGCGCUGUGUUGUUGUGACGGGUAACGAGACCAGACCUGCCCUGCGAGGAGUUUGUAGUCUCCAUAGAAAUUAUGACAACAACAUGUUGCAGUCCGUGAAAAUGGCUUGAGAGGGUUUAAUGUUUCUCGGGUUGUUUGUCACUGUUUGCUCAUACAGUUCCACCUGCGCUCCGGGGUCAAUGUAAAAUAACUAAAGGCAACAUACUGCAGGUCAAGCAUUUAACAAAAAAAGAAGAAGAAAAAGUAGUUUGAAAAGUUCCACAGAUAUUCUAAUAAAUAUGGCGGGAAAAACUGACAUGGAGAGGAUUGGAAUCUUCCAGGAGAUGGGUUACGUCUCUAUUGGUGACCGCUACAAAACAAAAGGAGUUCAGUUCAAUACUUCAGCUGGCAAAGGAAAGCAGAUGCUUCCUGGAGGAUCAAAAGAAAGAUCUGCUCUCCAAGCUGGUUAUUUUGAUAACAAAUUCCAGAGAAUUUUAGAGGGGGAAGCAUACUCAGAUCCUAUCAAAUUACGAAGACUGAAUCGAUUAAAUGAGGCCAAGAAAAACAUUGGGAAGGCAUUUUUCCCCAGCAACACUGGGAAAAGACCCUCUGGUCUGGGGAAUCACUACGGAACAUUUGCUGGGGCAAUUGGAGCAUUCAGUCCCAUCUCUAAAGGAAGAUCACAGUCUGCAACACACAGCAGGAAUUUUGUGACAAACCCAAGCAAAAAAGGCACUGGUUAUGGUUACGUAAAAGUAACUUUAGGUGAAUAUGAGAAACACUUACCUGACCCAUUUGAUACACAUAAAGAGAUGACAAAGAAAGAGAACGAAUCCCACAAGGCAGCCUUGAAAGGCGCAGCGUUCAAACUCAACAUGCAUCCUAAGGCUUACUUUGAUAGUAACCCUUACGCCACAGACAAACCCCUGGGGCCCAAAAAGGAGGAGCCCAAGAGAAUACCGGUGAACCCAUUCAAACCUAGCUCGCCGGGCAAAAGUCCAGCAGGAAUGAAGGCAGGCACCUUUGACCCCUACCCAUCCCACUCUGCUGACCCGUACAAGGUGCUCCGCAACACACGGGCUGUGAACAUUGUCAACAAAACUGGCAAGACCUUCAUGCCCACACCUGGCCCUAAAUCUACACCUGUCACCUCAAUAGUUAACCAGAAUGUUCAAAGAUCCAUAAACAGUCAGAACUACAGAUCCUAUACAACACUAUCAGCAUUUUAACUCUGGUGUGUUCCUUUAGUGAAGAGUGUAUAUUGUACAUUUUGACUUCUUUCCCUGAUGUGUCAAAACUGAAUCUGGAAGACUUGCUCAGUAUUUUUGACAGACCAACUUUUCACUCCUGUUACAUCUGUCAGACUUCAUGGUCUGAUAUUUCACAGAUUUGUGCUGACAUUAUACUGCUGAUCCAAUUGCCCCUGUAUAUAGUUAUGUUUUGAUAGACAGUAUCAAAGUUUGAAUUCUAAAAGCCAUGGUCUUAGAAAUUGAUAUCUUGAGAUUAACUAUAUCAGAGAUUUUUUUAGACUACCGGUACAUGUGUGCCAGUGACGUACUUUUUGAUAUAAUCAUAAAGUAAUCAGUUGAAAAUAUUUGAUUUUAUAUAACCACAAACAGUAUUCACUGUAUUAAAGAUAUUGUUUUACACUACAUGUAUGCCAGUGCAGGACUUUUUGAUAUAAUCAUGAAGUAACAAAUUGAAAAUGUUUGAGUUUAUAAUCACCGACAGUUUUGCAUACGUACUGCUACAUGACUUUAUGAACCAUCUGUGUUCAUUGCUUUUUCGUGUUUCAUAAUGUAGCUGUAUUACUUGCAUACGUGAGAGGUAUUGUUUGCAAAUUCUAGAAGUGGACCUUGAAUUGAGCGUUAUCUGCCUUUUAAGGCUGUACUUGUUAAUAUAGUCAUAUCGUUUGAUUUUAUAGGACUUUAGUAGUACCAUAACCUUUAAUUGGUAGUGAAUUAUUUUCUAUGAAGGCAUAUUUUUCCACCAAAGUAUUUACAAAUAUAUUUGUAUUCUAUCAUAUAGGGAUGCUGAUGAGACUUUCUUUGAAAGCAGAUGUUGGAUUAAAGUUUGGUCAAGUUAGUUUGACUGUUGUUGAAAGUGUUGUCAAUAAAUGUAAA